ACUUCGGCGUCGCUCAAAGGUCGUCCAUGAAUUAUAGUCUCACCGCUUUACCGCAUCUUAUGUGUACAAUAUGUAUACUUACAAGUGCCGUGGUACGGCAGAGCUUUGCCCACCCUAGGGUGUGGAGUGUCAACUCUUCCUCUUGAAAUUCUCUCGCGUGGUCAUGCGUAUGCAGCCACUGUCUUUUCUCAGCGGGGGUGUUGUUUACGAAAUUGAGGGGACAAAAAGCGAAUCUCUGGAGCUUUACCCUGGUUGAUAGAUAGGGAGGACCCAUCUAGAGGAGUUGGAAAACCCUGAUUUCAAACCAAUGGUUCACAUGGGCUCCAGAAUCCCGAGGGAAGAAAUGGCGCAUGAACCUAUUGUUGGACACCGGUUACCAUGGGACUGUAUCUCCUUACGUUGCUCUACUGUCUUGUGGAUUAAACCUCUAGGUCAAAGGCUCGGGUAGUGGCCUCCUAAGAAAACCAGUUGCCUCAGUUUGGGCACCCUGACCGUAUCCAAUUCUUCACACAAAUCAUUGAUAACUACUACUGGCGCAUUUGUUUCGUGUUUCCUUGUCAGUCAGCCAGCUACAACGUAUGACUAGGCACAUGUAUGUAUCAGUCCAAGUUGCCACACCUCAUUAGCACAACAAGUGCCCCUUUGUACCAAUGUUUAGGUGUUAAAAUAAAUAAAUAAAUAUCGCAUGCACUGAAUUCUCUUCCUCCUGCUCUUCUUUCUUCCAGAUUCUCAGAAUCACACUUCCCUACACUCUCUCAGCAGCCACAUUCCCCCGGCCUAAUUACUAAUCUACCAAAAACUGAAUAUCACUAUGCGAAGUCCCCAUGAUAAGUUUUUCUAUGAUGUCUAUAGUGUUAUAAGUCAAUGGGAGUUCAUAAUUCUUCGCAUCCAGACAAUACUUCUGUGGGAGCGUUUGGUCCCAAGUCUUGUUUUCACAGCAUUCGUACACCUUGUGUUCUUAUCAUUUGUAAAAAGCAACUUCAGUACACUGUUUAUUUCCUGUCUGGUGUUGUUUCUUGUCCUGUUAUGCAACCUCUUACAACCGCUAAUGGCAAGGCUUUUUCUAGAUUCUAAGCGUUCAUCUGGUUCGUUCUCAGAACUUGUUUCCAUUUGUUUGGAAAAUGGGAGCAUCAUGUCUACCACUGAUCUUAGCCAUUGGAUAUCUGGCUGUCUCUAUGGUGCACUUAAUAUCGCAAAUAAGCUUGCCCCAUGUCAUCGAAAUCAUCCUCUCUCGUUUUUCAUUAUUUCAAGCACUAUUAGCAUUGGAUGCAUCGUACUUAGCAUGUAUGUUUCCGGCGUAACCUUAGCUUACAUAGCUCUCAAUAUUUGUCUAAUUUUGCCAACUUUGCUGCACCAUCGUGUAAUUUCUCGUGUUUGGAAUUUGAUUAAACCUAUUUUAACGCGUAUUGAAGCAGAAUUCGAUAAAAAUCCGUUAGAAUCUCCUGAAGAACGCAAUGCCGGUGAACGAGAACUUUACGAGCCUAUUGUUGCAGCUGCAAAUGCUGCUAAUUCCUCCGUAUUCCCUGAUGGAUUUUUAACAGACAUACCCACGAAAGUGGAAUCUAGUCAGCUCGAAUCAGAAGAACUAGAUAACUCGGAAGCAGUAUUCAUCAAACAGUUUGUUUCCGAUAUUAGUUCCGAGGAAUUGGAUCGUUUGUUUUCUGAAGCUCUUGGUGAGCAUGAAAUUGCAACAAAAAACACUACUAGACAUAGCAAAUCCCAUAAUAAUCAUAAUAAUAAUGAUAAUUUCUCAGAAUUUACUGACACAGAUUAUCCAUUUAUAACUCAACAAGAAAUAGUUGAAAAAUCACGUUCACCACCAAUUUUGUGGGCAAUGGAAAGUGAGUAUGCUACAGAUGAUGAUGAAAGCAGCGAUAUCAUGGGUGAGGUAAUUUCACAUUAGAUAUUAUUUAAGAAGUGAUAAAAAUGUUUCAUUUUACAAAUCGUUAUUUAAACAAGAUAAUAAUGUUAUUUUAAUCCCAUCUUUUUGGUGGAGUUUUGUUCUCUGAGCUGGAUGGUUUGGUCGUGGAGCUUUCAUCGUUCUUCUGAACGACAUCGUCUACACAAAUUUCAAGUAGAAGUCUUCAGGUUUGCCCAGCUCCGAUGACAAUGAUGAAUAAAGAUGUUGAACGUGAAGGAUUUGUAUUUGUACGAAAACAAAAAUAAAAACAAACUAAAUUGAUAAUGACUUCAUUCGUUUGAUUUUUCUUCCCCUCAUUAUUCCCUACCUGUAUACACCACUCUACUUCCCAUUUAUAAAUAAAUACCCCCCCCUCUCAAUAUGUAUUUACUUUAAAAAAGGACAAUUAUUUAUUCGACCAAGUUUUAUUGCAUACUUAUUAUUAUUAUUAUUAAUGGCUGUUAAAGUAAUCGAAAAAGAAGAUAAACUGUUGAAGUAUAUAAAUGGUAGAAAGAACAUAGUAACUCAGGUAUUCAAGUAGACCGCUGUAAAUUUAGUUAUUAUCUCUGGGUUGAAUGUAUCUGAAAUCCUACUUUCCCUGUUUCUUUCUACAGAUUUUAAUUGACUUGCAUAGUUUUAUGUAAUAAAAUGCAUUUAUAUUGAAACAUUGACACUUUU